GCGUAGAAUGCCGCCGACUCUGGUCGGUCAGAUCACCAUGGAGAAGACGCCGUCGUAUUUUGUGACGAGCGAGGUGCCGAAGAGGGUGAAGCACAUGAACUCGGGGAUGAAGUUGAUCGUCGUGGUGAGGGAUCCCGUGACCCGGGCGAUCUCCGAUUACACGCAGGUGAAGAGCAAGCGUCGCAAGAUGCCGCGCUUCGAGGACCUGGCCUUCCUGAACGGGUCGCGGAUCGUGGACACCUCGUGGAUGCCGCUGAGGAUCGGGGUCUACGUGCGGCACCUGGAGCGCUGGCUGCAAUACUUCCCGCUGUCGCAGUUCUUAUUCGUCUCCGGCGAACGUCUGAUCGCCGACCCGGUGACGGAGGUCACCCGCGUGCAGGACUUCCUCGGCCUGAAGCGGGUGAUAUGCGAGAAGCACUUCUACUUCAACGCCACCAAGGGCUUCCCCUGCUUGCUCAAAUCGGAGGAUCGCGCGACGCCGCACUGUCUCG